AUGUUCUCCAUUCAUGUUCAUGUUCAUACUGUCGCAUACUAUUACCUUUUUUUGAGGCUGAGGGCGCUGGAAGGGCAGCUGGAGGAGACACGGAGGGGACUGGAGGAGGCUGAGAGGCACAGGGCAGAAGAGAUGUCAAUAGUGAGAGGGGAAAUGUUAACAGUGCGAGGGGAACUGGUGACAGUAAGAGGAAAGCUGGUGACAGUAAUCAAGCUCAUGCCCUUCCCUUCCUCGCCCUUCCCUUUCUCGCCCUUCCCCUCCCUCGCCCUUUCCCUCCCUCGCCCUCUUCCCCCCUCACCCUUCCCCUCCCUCGCCCGCUCCUCUCUCUCCCGCAACCUGAAGCUGCAAUGGGGCAUGCGAGUGGGUGCGGUUGGGUGGGAGCGUGCUGAUGGCAGGGUGCUCAGCGGCUCAGCCUGA